AAGCAACAGAACUAUAUGGUUGAGUAAAAGUUUUUUUUCUUCUUUCUUUUUGAUGCUUGGCUGAGUGCAGUUUUGACUUGAUAUGGGAACUACUACAGUGCAAAUGUUAAGGUAUGUUUAGUUUAUAGACUUGCUGACCAACUUUUCUAAGAAUAACUCAAACAACUUUCCGUGUCACAACCUGGCUACCAAAUUCUGCAGCACAGCAGUGAGUUGAGCAGCCCUCAGGUAGCUCAGACCAACUAUGCACUUGUGGGUCAGUCAUUCGGCCAGCAAUUAGCCCAGUACAGUGGCCAGCAACCAGUACAAACUAGCAAUGAAACUGUAGCUCAACCAAAUAUCCAACAACUAGCACAGGCCAUCCAGCUUGGCAGUGAAAUUCCAGCACAAGCCAACUUUCAGUCUAUGGCCCAGGCCAGUAGCCAGCAACUAGCACAGGCCAGCUACCCAUCGGAGUCUCAGGCCAGUUUACAACAACCAGCACAAAGCAGCUACCAGUAUAUGGCCCAGCCUGCUUUACAACAACCAGCACAAGACAGCUACGCAUUGGAGUCUCAGGCCAGUAUCCAACAACCAGCACAAAGCAGCUACCCAUCUGAGUCUCAGGCCAGUUUCCAACAACCAGCACAAGCCAGCUACCAGUCUGUAGCCCAGCCUGCUUUCCAACAACCAACACAAGUCGGCUACCCAUCUGAGUCUCAGGCCAGUGUCCAACAACCACCACAAGCCAAAUACCAGUCUGUGUACCGAACUGUUAGGCCACUGGUUGCACAAGUCAGAAGCCAACAUUCACCAGGAGCCAGCUAA